CGAGUCAGCUGUUGGCUGACGUGCAGCCGAGCAUGUUCGUAGACAGUCAGACAACCAGUUUCGGUUCAGUGUCAGUUUGUCGUGUGCCAUUCUAGCCUCUAUCGUGUUUUCUGUGGAUAGCACGACGAUACCCGGUGACAGUGGGGUGAAGCGACGAUGGACAUUGUUAACUGCGAGUGCCAGCUCGUCAUACGGACUACCAACGUGUCGAGAGUGACCUAACACAAAGUGUCAGUGAACCAGUGAUGAGUGAGAUAGUGUCCCUCAACUUUGCACCUGUCAACGAAGAGUCGAGUGUUAGUGUAGAGACGACAAGCAACGAUGAGUACGACCGAUUCCUGUCAGACCUGUGGGUCGGGAUCCUGCUCACGUUCAUGGUGUUGUCCUGCAUCGUGUGUUUGUGUACAUGCUUCUUGGUCCACGCGUUCCGCCAGUGGCAACAAAGAGGUUUCUCCCAUGACAUCCUGUUGCAUUUUGCUCACGCUUCAGCUAAUCGUCUUUACGUCUGUUCAAUACCUCUUUCUAAUCAAGUGCUGGAGGCCCGUAGAAUGGAGGCUCAAGUCGAGGCAGGUUACGACUCUGAAUCUCUCCCCAGCUACACAGUGGUGGCAGGACUACCAACCUACGAGGAGGCCAUUGAACAACUCAAACAAGGGAUUGCCCAGGGUGGCCAACCGUCACACUCCAAUGAACCUGUACUUUCUCGUCUCUCAGUCGGCGACCUACUAGAGAUAUAUAAAGUUGAUGUGAAAAAAAUUGAUAGACAAAGUUCUUUGGGUUCAUGAACAGUAUUAUUUUUGUAAUUAUAAAAUUUUCUAAAGAGUGAUUAUCUUUUAUUAUUUCAUGACUAAGAGAGAUUCAUGAAGAAUAUUUGAAAGUGUAUCAGCCUUUGUGGUUGAGAUUGUAAAAAGUCUUUAAGACAUUUUAAAACUUAUGUUAAGUCAUUGAUGGCAAAUUAUUGAUUUUGUAAUGAUUGUGUACAAUAAAUCAGUGUUUUAUCAUCUCUUUAUACUCCGCGCCAAAGCUGGUGGCGGCUGAGGGAUUAGGACGGCCAGUUAGGACUACAUAGGUCGGUCCUGCUCACCGACCUGGCCGUCCUAAUAGGGCCGACCUAUGUAGUCCUAACUGGCCGUCCUAAUCCCUCAGCCGCCACCAGCUUUGGUGCGUAAGAGUGUCUUAAGAGAUCCAUUUGAAACGCAAAGUUUCACAAAUUAUUACAUGGAAACCAUGAAACUGGAUUAUUAAGUUUAUUUCAUCGCCGGUAACUGUUUACCAUAAAAGACUCUCUAAAACAUGUAGAUAGGUUGAGACAUUUUGUUCAAAUAAGCUAUAAACACUGAUCAUGUCAUGCUUUGUAAAUAUAUGUAUAUAUAGAAAAGGCUGUAAAUAAAAAUUUUAUAACUUUCA